GCCGCAUAUAGGCGGCAUAAUUAAAAAUUAGGUAAUAAUUAUGUAAACCGAUUCGAACUCUGUCGGGCGUUCCCGAAGCAGGCAAUUAUUAUUUGAUUCAGAGCAGCCUCCCGCUAGGAACGACACAGACAUGUCACGACGUGGAUAAACCUACUACACUGAGUCUGCAUUACUAAUACUAGUGUCAGUAACUUUGAGUAAGCAAUCGGUUAUCAAGAGAAGUCAGAAAUACAGACCCAUUGAUUUCCUAUUGGCCCACGCAAAUAAUUAUUCAGAACGCUGCACGCGACAGGCGCUAGUCCUACAAUCCGUGGACCUACGGUUUGUUUGGCGGAGAGAAGAUAAGCUUGAACCUACAGACUACAGCCUACAGGGAUGGGUACCCUGCUACCGCACGGGGUGGGCCUUGUUUCGGUGCUGUUGUUGCUGCUCACUGCCACUGGUAUCGGCAUUGCAGGUGCGGCACCAUCCUUGUCCACUCACCGUUCUCAGAACAAUGACGCGCAGUCACCCCAGAACACCGCCACGUUGGCUGAUGAUGACCUUCUCCAAGUGCACAUCAUAGCGCAUACACACGAUGAUGUUGGCUGGAAAAAGACGGUGGAUGAGUAUUAUUACGGAACGAAUACCACCAUUGCCAACGGUGCUGUGCAGUACAUUCUGGACAGUGUCAUUGCGUCUUUGAUCGCUGAUCCAAACAAGAAGUUUAGCUACGUGGAGAUGGCCUUCUUCUUCCGCUGGUGGCGUGAACAGAGCGAUACCAUGAAGGAUCAAGUGCGUAAUCUGGUCAAGGACGGUCGUCUGGAGUUUGUGGGCGGUGGUUGGUGUAUGAAUGAUGAGGCUGGUACACACUAUAAUGCCAUCAUCGACCAGAUAACCUUUGGACAUGCGUUCAUAAGCACUCAGUUUGGUGCAGAGUAUCGCCCUCGCAUGGCUUGGCAAGUGGAUCCGUUUGGUCAUUCGUCAGUCCAAGCUACUAUCUUUGCACAGAUGGGGUACGACGGGCUAUACUUUGCGCGCGCUGACUACGAAGAUAAAGGUCUGCGUAUCAACCAGUCGCGCCUGGAAAUGGUGUGGCGCGGCAGUCCGGACAACCUGGGACAAGAGUCUGAUCUCUUUACAGGUAUGUUCUAUGGCGGAUAUGGUCCCCCAGCAGAGUUUCAGUUCGAUAGCCGAUUUGCAGAUCCAAUGGUCGUCAAGGAUGAUCCACUACUUGAAGACUCCAAUGUCAAGAAGUUGGUCGAUGACUUCGUCAAAACGGUCAUCAUGAACGCAAAGGCAUACCGCACAAAGCACCUGAUUUUCCCAAUGGGAAGUGACUUUGCAUACUCGGCGGCGCUCGCCUACUUCAAGAACGUCGACAAGCUGAUCAAGCACGUGUUGGCUGACGGGCGCGUGAACGUAUUCUACUCAACGCCAGCCCGCUACCUGGAUGCGGUCAAUGCUCAAGGCCUGACGUGGGAGCUGAAAACUGAUGACUUCUUCCCUUACGCUGACCGACCCCACGCCUACUGGACCGGGUACUUUACUUCCCGACCAGCCCUGAAGCGAUAUGUUCGUGUACAGAACAGCCUUCUGCAGUCGUGUAAGCAAAUUGAGUCGGUGCAUGGAGUUCUGGCUCCCGGCGCUGACUCGUUUGCCUUGAAAGAAGCCAUGGGUGUUGCGCAGCACCACGACGCUGUGUCUGGAACUGAGCAACAGCAUGUUGCUAAUGACUAUGCCAAACGCCUCUACAUGGGUGGUGUUCAGUGUCAGACAGUAGUGGCUGAAUAUGCAGCUACUGAAGUACUACCCAGACUUGCCACAGCUUCCCCGCCAAGCACAGACAGCAACGUAUCGCCGAAUGGCGGACACAUUCUGUUCUGCGAUCUUCUCAAUAUCAGUGUGUGCAGCCUGAACUCCCAAGAUCCCUUCACUGUUAUCCUUUACAAUCCACUUGGUCAUGAGCGUGUCAGUAAGAUCCGAAUUCCGGUCAUGAGUUCUGCAUACUCAAUCAAUGCCAAGGCAGUGCUGGGACACCUAGUCCAGCCAGUGCAGCAAGCAGCGGUGCAUGCUCGUGGCAAGCAGGGGAAUCUAACUAACGAGCUGGUGAUGAUUGUGAACCUUGCACCUAUAUCAUUUGUGACCAUUCCCGUACACCCAGGUGCUGAUGGGCAGAGAACGCCAGCGAAAGAGCAAGACUGGAAGAGUCUUGGUGACAGCGGUAACAGCAAGAGCAGCAAAGCCCAUGAGAAGCUCACUACUACUGCCCAAUAUUAUGUUAUCUCCAAUGAAUUCUAUUCGGCUAACUUCUCAAUGGACACAGGCUUGUUGGUAUCGGUGACAGAGAAAACAUCGGGCAGAAUAACAGCCCUGCAGCAGGGAUUCUUCUGGUACGAGUCCUACAACAAAACUGACAAACAUGAUCAGGCAUCCGGCGCAUACAUCUUCAGAUCAAAUGGGGAUGAGGCGUACCCUGUAUCGCAAACGGGAACCUGCGCUACAGAGUUCCAUGAGGAAGAAGGCGUGCAGUCGGAGGCUCGUCAGAAAUGCGGCGACUUUGUCUACCAAACAGUGGGUUUGUACAAAGGCAUGCCUCACAUUGAGUUCACGUUCACUGUUGGUCCCAUACCCGUCGGCGACCACAAGGGCAAAGAAGUCGUGAGCCGAUUCACCAGCGGCCUGAACACUGGCGAUGAUUCUACAUUUUAUACUGACGCAAAUGGUCGAGAGCUUCAGGAGCGCAUCUACAACCACCGCAACACUUGGAAGCCGAACAUGACGGUGUUUGAAAAGGUCGCUGGAAACUUCUAUCCGGUGAACAGUCGCAUUCUGCUCCGAGACGAAGCUGCUGACACUCAGCUAACAGUUCUGACGGACAGCUCACAAGCCGGCGCUAGUCUUGCCAGUGGGCAGGUUGAACUCAUGGUACAUCGACGUCUCCUGGUUGAUGAUCACCGCGGCGUAAAUGAACCUCUCAACGAGACUGGCGUGGAUGGCAAAGGACUCAUCGUUCAAGGUACGCACUAUUUGCAGCUUGCGCCGAUAAAGUCCGCAGCAGCCCUCCAUCGCCAGCUGGCACAGGAGAUCAUGCUGCAACCCCAAAUAAUGUUUUCUGAGGGUGCACAAGCAAAGUCUGCGGUCACACCGAUGGGUAGCAGUAACUCCUCUGCAACCAGUCUGCCAAAGAAUGUUCACCUGCUCACGCUACAGCGCUUAGAUUUUGAUCCCGAGGACGGCAAGAGCACCCAGCGUCUGGUGAGAUUUGAACACUACUUUGAGGUUGGCGAAGAUGAGGAGCUGUCUAAACCAGCUAGUGUGAAUGUACGCGAAUACUUGAAAGCUGCAUUUGGACUUAACGUCUCAGCUAUGACAGAAAUGACACUCAGUGCCAAUCAGCAAAAGUCGCAGGAGCAUCGUCUUGUGUGGAAAGUCGCUGAGCCAGGAAUUGACGGUGCACAGCCCUCAUACGAAAUGGAAGGGCUGCAGAAACGGGCUGAGGCAAGAACCAUGACUAAGCGCAAUCUGCAGCAGGCGUAUGACAGCUUCAGCAUCACCCUCAAUCCUAUGGAGAUCCGUACAUUUGUUCUUACAUUGCAAUGACAAUGGUCAUGCGGUCACUAACAGGUGAUGACGCUUAUACCUAACCUGAUUGUACCUAACCUGAUCAGGCAAUACACAGUCAUUGCACAACCAGAUAGUAUACGCUACAUGAACAGCAGCAGCAGCAGCAGCAGCAGCAGCAGUCACGUUUACAGUGACAAUGUAGCUCGAACAUUGCAAUCUGAAGUAAUUGUACGACUCGUAAUAGUAAUACUUUUAGGUAGGCUUCUACUGUGCACUCUCACAAGAUGGAUGCAUGCAUGACAUGGCUAUUUCCAUUGCAUGAUGCUGUUUUCUGGCAUUCUUCUGUGUGUGUGUGUGUGUGUGUGUGUGUGUGUGUGUGUGUGUGUGUGUGUGUGUGUGUGUGUGUGUGUGUGUGUGUGUGUGUCACACCGGUGCGUGUGUGCAUGCAAUGUAUGUGUGCUUGCGUGCAUGCAAUGUGCGUGCGUGCAUGCAAUGUAUGUGUGCUUGCGUGCAUGCAAUGUAUUUGUGCGUGCGUGCAUGCAAUGUAUGUGUGCGUGUGUGCAUGCAAUGUAUGUGUGCUUGCGUGCAUGCAAUGUAUGUGUGCGUGCGUGCAUGCAAUGUAUGUGUGCGUGUGUGCAUGCAAUGUAUGCGUGCGUGUGUGCAUGCAAUGUAUGUGUGCGUGUGUGCAUGCAAUGUAUGUGUGCUUGCGUGCAUGCAAUGUAUGUGUGCGUGCGUGCAUGCAAUGUAUGUGUGCGUGUGUGCAUGCAAUGUAUGCGUGCGUGUGUGCAUGCAAUGUAUGUGUGCGUGUGUGCAUGCAAUGCAUGCGUGCGUGCAUGCAAUGUAUGCGUACGUGCAUGCAAUGUAUUUGUGCGUGCGUGCAUGCAAUGUAUGCGUGCGUGCGUGUGUGCAUGCAUACUCAUAUCCAACACUACAAUAAGACCUCGCUUCUCUGGGUCCUCUUUUAUCCGGAAGAAAAUCGUUGGUUACCGAUUUACAGCA